AUGUGUACAGGUGCUGCAUCUAGGCAAAGUGCUGAUCUAGAGUGUGGCCAGUUUGAUGAGGCCUUCGUAGAAGCCCUCAAAGGUACACCAUGCAGCAGCCAAGGUUUCUCAGCAAUCUGCAGAAAGGGACACACCAUGUAUGCAGAGAUUUCAAAUGACCUGAUCAAAUCCAAGGCAUCUCUUUUUGAAGUUGGAACGGUUUAUAUUAUCAAGAAAUUUCUCGUUGAUAGUGCUAGGAAAAGCUACAGGCCAGUUGACAAAGAUCUGAUGUUCCCAGCCAUAAAACCAACACGAAUGGUCUACAACUUAACAGAUGUCAUUGGUUACCUCGUCAAGUAUGAAGCAACGCAUACAUUUGUGCCAAAGAACCAAGAAAAGGCAAAAACGCUCAGAGAGAUCUAUAUCAAGGAUCUAAGAGACAAUAUGAUGAAGAUUACCCUGUGGAGCGAGCAUGCUAGAGCUUUCAACAUUAGCAAUAUAUACGACAGUGAGGCUGGUAAUGUUAUUGUUUGCCUUGUUGUUGGAUGCGUACCACGAGAGGAUAUUAAAAAUAAUGAUAAACCAUGCCUAACAGGAAGUUCAGCCUGCUGCUACUACUUGAACCCUAACAUUCCAGAGGCACGUCCUUUCUACUCUAGAUUCAAAAACACCCCGGUGUACAUCGAUCGACCAACAGAUGAAGAGACUCACUCUCCAGCUGAAGACAUUGAGCUUCCAGAGAAAACUAUAGAUGCACUCAACCAGGUUGACCCUUUUGAUGAAGAGGGGCCCUUCAAGUGCACGGUAACAGUUGUCUCCAUUAUAAACUCAACCAGCUGGUGGUACAUGUCUUGCAAACUGUGUAAAAAAAAGGUUGAACAGCAGCCAGAUGGAAGCUAUAAAUGUCAAAAAUGUCAAGGCACAGCUACGGUUCCUAGGUACCUAAUAUCGUUCACAGGAAGAGAUGAAACAAGUGAAGCUAGAUUCUUUGCUUAUGAUGACGAAGCCUACAAAAUGAUUCAGAGAGACUGUGAAUCAGUGAUGAACCCAUUAGCUCCACGAGAUGCCUUGCCUCAGCCAUUACAGAAGAUCAUUAACAGCACGUUCCUGCUCUCUGUUGAUCUUACUAAUGAUUCAUGCAAGAGCAUAAAAUACAAACAAUACCAGGUCAAGGCUGUUUUAGCAAGACCAAAACAGUCUGAAACAGACAUUAUUUCCAUGUCUCAGUAUGAAGAAGAGAAGCCAACAAAUGCCUCUACAGAUACUGAUAGUCCACAACAUCCAAGUGAGGUGCUUCUGAUUGAGUUAGGAACACAACAGACUCCAGUACCAGCUCUUGACACUGAUAAAGAGACCUGUAAAGAUGAUGAUACCAGAUCGUCGGCAGUUCAUCCCGGUGCUCAAAGGAACCUAUUCGGCCACCCAGAUUCGACGAACAAGCAUGAUGAUGUUCAGAACGAUGAAGAAGACCAAACCAUCAACGACCUUAAGAGACUUGCUGCACAGGAUGCUUCAUCGUCGAAGACAAAAUCCAAGAACUUGUACUUAAUCAACCGAUCAGUUAUUUACACAUACAACUCUUUACUAAUUUGCGGUUAUGAAACUUGUGUCGCUGCAAACAAUGCUCCACCACAGCUACUCCAAAGCGCAACUCCGAAGCUGAUGAAUCCAGUUAGGAAACAAACAGCGCCAGCGGCUGCCUCUGAAGACAAGCGCACACGCCAAAACAGCUGCUCCACACAGAGUCUGUUAGCCCAGAAGUUUAUCAACUACCGCCUCUAA